GUUGACGAAAUUAGGUUAAGCGUUUUGUUGACGCUGUUCUGUCAAAUGGCGGAUGGUGAAUUUGAUAAACAUAACAAAUUGGGAAAUUCAACCCGUAGAACAUCUCUGCAGUUAUAUUGAAACUGUAUAACAUAUAAGGCGGAGAUAUGGCUACUAUGAAUUCAGGGCACCACGGAAUGAAAAGAAUCUUUCGAAAAAUCAGCUAUUGUUUUGUUUUCCUUUCAAGAAUUAAUGGCACUUUACAUGUAAGGAACCAUUCUCAGCAGGUGUCUGUCCACCAUAGCCACAGUCCAGGGACCAAACACACGAGUAACUUUCGUGUAGCCAGCCUUUGUUUCCUUUUCCUGAGACGAUUACAUGCUUUUGAAGGAAGAACAACCCAGAUUUCCUCAUCAUUCCACACAAAACAAAAUGGCAGGAAAAGGAAAAGUCUUCCGAGUACUCCAAAAUGCACAUGCUGCAACUUGAAAACUGGUUCUGCCACAAGCGACGAGCAGACUAAAACCAUAUUGACACACACAUUGCGUGAGCUGGUGCCUAAACUCUCCAGAAUCUGUAUUGGUCAGAAUCCAUACAGUUCCAGCCAAAUAUGGACUGCAGACAAGAAACCACCGGGGUGGCCAUCAGAGAAUGGCAUCAAAUGGAAAGACCCCAAUAACAAUCCAAAAGAUUCCUUAGAAGUCCUGCAAAAAAAGAUGAGUGUCCUUCUAGAAAUGUGCAAGACGAAAAACAUUCCUGUGGAGUACCAGAGAGAAAUAAAGGCCUACCUAAAUGUCUGUGAAGACCUUAAAUCCAAUGACACACCUGAUAUUUCAUCACUCCAGAUAUUAAGACAACAGAGGAAGAAAUCCCAUGAGCUGGCUUUGGCUUGCAGACAUUUCUCAGAGAUGGUCAAGUGGCAUGGAGCCCCAGAAAGAUCCACAUUCCUUGAAAAUGAACUGAUCAACCUUUGUCUGGUGUUGCAGAAGGCCAAUGCAGAUAGGAUGCUGAAUGCUCAGUUUGAAGAAGUAUACUGUGCCAUCGCACAAGCAGAGGGAACUCAUGAGACUCCAGGAGAAUUCAUGAAGCAAUUCAACUCCACCGGCCGUGGACCUGUAGAUAGAGUAGCCCCGAUGCCGCAGUUCAACAUCAGUAAUCGUGGGUCCUUGGAGAGAGCUGCAUUUCAGAAUAACCACAUGACAGCCUCCCUUCCACCAGUCCAUUCCCAGAUGACCACAUGCAGGUUUCCAAACUUCAACAGUAUGGAGGUCACAAUGACAGAGACUUCAGAGUUUAACACUCCCCAUGAUAGGGAUUACCGCAUGGACUACAUGGAUUGCGACAAAAGGCAAGCCACGGCAGACAGAAUAAUGAUGCACAAGAGAGUUCGCGGAAACAGAUAUUCCGAGGAUAUGAUCCUGAAUUAAAGUGUUUGACUGAAUGCAGAAAGAUGCAUAGGAAAACAAGAACAUGGCAGAAGGUGUUGGACUUGCAGGAGAAUUUUUUUUAGACAUUUUGCUUUUUCAAUGUAUGUAACUUUAAGCCAUGUUUUAUGAUUAUUGCACUUUUGUUAUGCAAGACUAUUCAUUUUACGCAACACUGUUUCAAGCCUAUAUUUAUGGCUUCACUGUGAUUUUUAAGCAUUCACGUAAAUUGCACAAUUGAAUUAUUGGUAGUGCUCAUAACCAUUGUCUCAUUUCUUUCUGAAUUUAUCAUUCAUUUGUUUUAUCCAUAUUGUAUAUGUAGUUUUUUCCACUUGGUACAAAUUUACACUAAUUGUGCAGUCCAAGGAUUUUGUAUCAGCAUACUUUUGAGUUCAUUUUAUAUUGAAAAAAUUAUGCAUGUAGUGAAUUGACGAUCGAUCAGACGCAGUGAAUUCUAUCAUCAUACUGAUGACAAAUCAAAAUAUAGAAUAUAGUACUUUUAUAAGUAUGCACCCUAUAUCUGCUUACUUAUAUAUGUCACUCAUGAUUUCUUUGUCAUAUGGCCUUUUAAAUGACACGUGUCAAACAGUGAUCAAUUACUUAGAGCAUGUUACACACCAAAGUCUUUGGCUCUGGACGAAGAAAUAAACUGUACAAUGAAAACAAUGAACUUAGAUAAACACAUUAACAAUCACCAGUAGAAUGUGUGGAAAUUUAAGCAUCUGGGGAUGCAGUUGUCAGGUUUCAUGCUGUGUACAAAUUAGUGGAAAUUUUUAUCCAUGGACAAAAUGGAAUUCUUCAAUCCAUGGAGUUUUGGCCCUGUGGAAAUAAGUACAUCUAUUUAGAUAUUUAUUACAUGAAAGUGCUAUUUCUUUUACAUUUUUAAACUGAAAUUGUUGUGCCAUCAAAAUAUUCCAGUGAAAACAAGACAAUGAAGACUUGGUAUCUUGACUUCAUUUAGAUUUUUUUCUAUAAUCUAAUACAAUACUCUCACCAGCAAUGAAGGCAUCGCCUAGAAAAAUGAUCAGUAACUAAACAUGAUUGCAAAGUAAUGGAGUGUGAUAUCGAGUGAUUUAUUGACCUUUUGCAAAUGUUAUUGCUAGUGCACAUUGAUAUUACAGAACUUGGGAACAAGGGCUGUACAAAACAGAGAAUGAAUUGUUUAUUUAAUGGUUGUAUUUGUAUUGUUUCUGUAAAACUGAUUAUAUUUGAUCUCUUUAAAGAAUUUUCUUUUCUUUUUGGGGGAAAAGACUCGCAUAUGUACAUUUUUCACACGAUUCAUUUGUUACAGAAAAAUGUCAUUUUCUAGUCUUCAAUUAUUGAGUGUUUGAUUGAUAUUUUGAUGUAAAGUAUUAAAGAUUUAUCAUUGAAAGAAUAAUGGUCUGUGCAUUAAUUCAUUGCAGCAUAAUGACAACUUUUUUGUUUCAGUUUAUUCUGUGAUUUAUUGUGCAAUAUUGGGGUCCCAUUUCUGGCUUAGAAUUCUGCAUGGAGAAUGCAAAAAAUAUCUGAAGGGUAGAAAAAUCAUGUUUUCGAUUCUGUAAUGAUGUUUCAAGCUUGACUCUUCUUCAGAGAAUACUGCAUACUGAGAAAUUUUCCUUCAGGUGACUUUAUCCAGGUUGAAUUCACCGCAAACCAUUUAUUCCUUUUUUGGGAUGAGGGCAAAUUUUACCAGUAUACAGUAAUAUUGAGCCAGAAUGGGUAUUCUUUCUUGUUGAUAUUAUUGCUGGAUUUUUGGUGAAUCUUUUAUGAAAUUGCACAGGUACAGUGUGUAGUUAAUAAAGCUUUGCUUUUGAUACUCUGUGUAAUAAUUUAGAUACUUUUAGUAUAUAUGUUUCGUAAUGAUUGUUUUUCUUUUAUCAUUAAACAAAAAUGCUACCAUUAACCCUAAAAUAUGUGAUUCUAUAUUAUAAAAUAAGAAAAGGCUCUACACAUAUUUUUAUAGGAUGAAGAAGUAUGCAUUCUAAGAGUGAAUUGUUUUCAAAUAAACACAACACAGCAGAAAGAAUGCAGAAGCAAUAUUUAUUUACAUAUUUUUAAGGAAUUUCAUAUGACUGUUUUUCUUUUCCAACAUGGAUGGAAUUAGCAUAUUUAGAAUAUAGAUACUUUUUGAAUUGAUUAUUAAGUUAUUUUUAUUAAUGUUAAGAGAACUGUGGCAGAUAUUUUUUUGUGUUGUUGAUAUGAAACAAGUGCUAUUUUUUUCAUUACAUAGUUGUUGUUUUUUAAUGAUAUAUUGAUGUUUUGCUUGUUAUUUUUCAAUGUAGAUAUAGAUAUGUAUAUACAUAUAUAUACACACACGUAUGUAUGAUGAGAUUUAAUCAUCAGAAAAGGUUUGUAGACUGGAAAAUCAGCAGAAGAAAUGUUUGUGUGUAGGAAAUGUAUAUUUUAUAUAUUUAUAUGAAUCACCUUUAGUAAUAAUUUCAUGAAUUAGAAUGGUAUUCCCCCCAGUACAUGCAUUUUCACUGUGAUAGUGUCCUGAUUAGCCUCACCCCACCAUAUUGCAUGUAAAAAUGUUUAUCUUGUACAUUUUGAAGUCUCAUUCAUAUUCUGACAGAUUUAAUUUUUGCUCACGUUUGACAUGUAAAAGGUAAAACUUUUAGUGCACAAAUCUAUGUUCCAACAUAUUAUCAGAAUACUUUAUGAAAGGUUAAAUUUUUGUUUGUCCAUAUUCUGAAUUCUAGGAAAACUGCUAAUGCACCAUUUUUAGAUUAGAAAGAUUAUGAAGUUCUGUUUGGAAUUGAUUGAUCCAUACCAAGACUGAGAUAAGAGCAUUGCACAUGGAACCUCAUGCCCAUUGAAGUUGAACACUUUAAAAAAAAUGUACUCACAAAAAAAUCAACAUUUGAUCAAAUAACAGCAGAAGAGUGUUGUUACGUAGCCUAUGCGAUGGAAAUGUAUAUUCAGAUGUAACUAGAGAACUCUCUGCUGUCAUUGUGCAUGCACAAACAUAACUGAAGUUAUUAAAUCGUGUGAUAAAGUAAACUUGGAGAGCCAGUGGAAAGUUUUAGUGUGAGUAUAUUAUUCUAAUGUUAAUCCAGUUGAGCAGGAGAGGGUGAUAUUUCAGAACAUCCAAGAGUCGGAUUUGAUAUUUUUUUGAUUUUCUUAGAAUUUUUUUUAUAGAGAAUAGUAAUGCAAUUCAUAUAGUUAUGUGUAUGUAAUUUAAUUAACUGUGAUGAAGAAUCCCAAAAGAGGUGAAGCUGUGCAUUAGCAAGUUUUUCUUGUGUAUUUGAAUUUUAUGUUCAAAACCAACGGUCAUAGAAUCAAAACAAAAUUUUCAUUCGAUAUCAGUAACGUAUAUAUUAUCACUGUUAGCAUCAUAUUUUAUAAGUGAUUUCUAAUAACACAAAUGUUAUUAAUUUACAAAAUGUUAAAGAUACAUCAAUACUAAUAUCUACAUGAAAUAUAAUGCUUUUUUUUCUGUUCACACAUUCCAUUUUAAUGAUAGAUUAAUACUAUGUUCAAAUUAAAAGAAAUGAAACUUUUAUGUCUGAAUAUUCCACUGACCUAUGAUGAUCAUAUAGGGAAUAAUAGUAGGAAUGCUACCAUGAACUGACUAAAGCUAUUUAAAACGUGGUAAAGAGGUCUUGCAGAAUUGAAUUGAAAAAUAUAAUGGCUUGAAGUCAACUUGAGAUGUACAAAAUUAAGUAAUGAGAGUUACUUUAAAUUAAUUUUUUCAGAUGUGAAGAAAACAAAAUUGUGCAUACUUUUUUGAUUUGUACAUGGAAUAACUGUAUAAAGUUGUUUUCCCAGUUGACCCUUACCUUGAUAUAUGGUGAUGAUUUUAACUUUUAUGUAAUAUGGGAAAACUUUGACAUGUCAAAAAUAUUAAUGCUAUUUACUAAAUACAAAAACAUUUUCUUUUUAUAAAAUCAAUUAAGUUGGUAUUCAUACUUUCUAUAAUCCAGAUUUACAUCAUGAACGGCUUUUGACAUGUCAACAAGGAGUUUUUGUAAAUAACAUUCGGUGAUGUGUCUCCAAUAUUUUCUGUUACCCCAUCACAAACCUACCAAAUUUACACAGAAUCCAGUUAUAGACAUUGUUCAUGUGCUCUCUGUGUUUAAAUUUGUUUUAAUAAAAAAGGAAAAACAUU